CGCACUAUAAAAACGGCAGACGUGCAGAUCUUCCCGUCCAGUCUCAAAACCACCUGUGACCAAGCGCCAUCCCCUCUUACUGGAGUAGCCUACACACCUCACUGUUCAAGAUGACGAGCAUUCUCAAAACAAGAGCACAGAGGCUGGAGGAUGGCGGCGCCCAGAGCAACUCGUUCGCAGGCGUGCGCUGGAGAGGCCUCGAGGAGGACCUCAGGGCACACAGCUCCGUCCCCACCAUGACCCUGAAGACACAGGACUCCUCCAUACAGUCACUGCAGAUUAAACACCGGCAGCAGGGCCUGAGAGAUCUCCGCAGCCUGCAGGAGUGCAUUCGUUUCCUCAACCACUGGAAGGACCAAGUGGCCCAAGUUUGCAAGAAGGAGGGCAAAGGAGACACCUCAGAAGGCAAGAUGGACGCUCGCACCGUGCGUAGCGUGGAGGAGAGCCGCAAGCUCAUCCUGGAGUGGGCCAGCGAGCUCAACAGCGUGGACAUGCUCUCCAAAGACAGCCCCUGGAUGCAGCAGCAGAUGGAGGAUUUGAAAUUGAUCGAAGAGGAGGAGAAGGGGAUGAAGGAGGGGAAGGAGAACAACAGCAAACCAAAUGACCCUAUUGAACAGAAGCUCAUGGAGUGGGCCCAGGACCUGAAGAUCACCUCCGAGAAAUGUGGCAUGUUGGGAGAGGAGCUGGGUCAGUCACUGAGACUCUUGGGCCUGAGAAAGAAGAGGCUUGCGAGUCUGAUGCCUCUGCUGGAGUUCAUCACCUGGUCUCUCCUCAAGGAGGACUGCACGGGAAUGCCCCAACUUUGGUUGUCAGCUAAGCAGCAUAAAUGGGAGGCGGGUACUCUCAGAUUCAUUCCAAAUUCAGUGUGGACCUGGAUUACCAGUGCAGCAUCUAAUGUCUCUUUGGAUCCGAUGACCAACCACCCGUGGCUCCUGGUGUCCGACGACCAGAAGAAGGUGCAGGAGGCACACAUGGAGGCCGACCUUCCCUACAGCCCGCAGCGCUACGACGGCUGGCCGUGCGUCCUGGGCUGGGAGGGCUACUUGAGUGGCCGCCACUACUGGGAGGUGGACCUGGCCAACAACGGCUACUGGCGCGUCGGCGUGACCACGUGCUCCUCCAAGCGCCACGGCCGCUUCCCCAUGACCCCCGGCAAGGGCUACUGGACGCUGUGGCGGAGCACGAGGCAGUUCUACGCCUGCAGCAAGCCCGAGACGGCGCUGUCGAUGUUGCUGGUGCCGCGCCGCCUGGGUGUCUACCUCGACUACGAGGCGGGCCAGAUCUCGUUUUACAACGCCGAGAACCGCUCGCACAUCUACACCUUCAAGGGCCACUUCCGCGAGAAGCUCUACCCACUCUUCGCGCCCCUGGAUGGACGGACCCUCAUCACAAUCAAAGAGCCCAGCACAUUGACCAGCUUGUGAGGUUGACCGCCUGCACACCACCACCAACUUGGGUGCCCACUGGGACUUGGGGGUCUUCCAACCCCUGUAUACAGCUGUAGCAUGCUUAAGCUCUGAAGAUAUAGAAAUCAGAGGCAGAUGAAUAGAAACAGAGGUUAAUUAUAGCAUUAAGUGGCUAGUUUUAUAGGCCUACAAUAAAUGUUAACAAUUUGCAUAAGAAUAUAUCUCUAUGUAUAUUCUGUCAUAAAACAGCUGGACAAACAGGCUAAUCUCUAGAAAUGUAACUAGCAUGCACAAAAAUGAAAUGACUAUAUUAUCUAUAUAUUUAUCAAUAUGUUAUGUUUGUUUUUAUGUGUUUAGAUAUAGGUCUAGUAUGUCGUGUGUGUAUGUGUGAAUGUAUUUGUGUAUAUACCUUUUGCACAUUUAACCUGUAUUGAGUAAAUUACUUCAAUAUGUAGGCUUACUUAGCUUCUAUGGUCAUCAAAGCAGGGUUCUUUCUAGAAUAUUUACAAAAAAUGCAACUUCAAUGUACAGUAACAUUAUUUUAGAAAUUCCUGCUAGAUUCUUGAAUGCCUGAAUUAUUCAAGAAUGUCUGAAUUAGAGUUAUUCUCUUGUUUAUUUUCCCUUUCAUUGUGUAUAUAUUAAAGAAUUCAUGGUUACUUUAUGAUUGAUGGCUGAUAGUAGGAAUCGUGAUAUUGCUGUAAAUGU